UGCGAGGGUGCGAGUCACCAAAAUGUUACAAGAGGAUGCUGAAAUCCCAUGUUCUGUUGGGGAGAUACAAUAUGUUCGAGAUACUUAUGACACAUUUCUUCCUUGGCCAAAAGAUUUAAUUAUGACUGACCAGGGUCCUCUAAGAAAGAAACCUCCUAUGUCAAAAAGUUCAUCCAAGGAUAUGUCAAAACCUCCUAUGACUAGCCCGCAUCUGUCAUCAGCUGGGUCUCACAUCAAUCCAGAAAACACUCUGACCGAAGGCCAACCAUUUGCCGAUCACAUCAUGAAUCGCAUCCAUGUUAGCCUUCAGUUUAUGGUGAGAGAAUUUUGCAGAGUUAAGGGAAUAAACUCAGUCGUCUCCAUUCCAGUGGACCCAACAUUCAUGAAUCGCGAGUCAAUAUUCCUAACUUCAGAGGAUGUGGAACAAGUUGCUACCUUGCAUAUGAUUGGAGGCUCAGCAAUGAUAUUCGGAUUAAGGUAUCCCUUAAACUAAUUCUUUGGAAUGAUAGGAAUUUAGAAUCAGUUAUGAGUACUGCUCUGUGAUCUGUUGAAAAUUUUCAUAGACAUUGAAUGUUUACAGGUUUGGGAAGUCCUAUUUAUA